GCUUUAACCCUAUGUCAAUGAAUACUGUUUCGUGUUGUAAACAUGUAGUUUCUCCUUUAGUCUUGAAUGAUAUACAAAAGAAUGCAUGGCAUUAAUUUUGGAGGGACAUCUAAAGGCAACAAUAGUGUCCUUCCAAUUCUGGCCGUGGGGGAUGGCAGAACGGGGAGGUCGCGCCAAGGCUAUACGCUUGCAUCCCCAAACGACGGCGCAAGCAGCGCACCAUUGCAGAAGGCCUCCUCAACCACACCUGGGCUAGAGACAUCCACGGCCACCUAGGCAUCCAUGAAAUAGGCCAAUACUUGCUGCUGUGGCGCGAAACCGAAGGCGUUGUUCUCACCGAGGGACCGGACCAGCUAAUCUGGAGGUGGACUUCAAAUGGCUGCUACUCUGCGCGCAGUGCGUACCUCGUCACCUUCCAGGGCUCCACUAGCUGCGAUGCAUGGAAACCUGGAAGAGCUGGGCACCACCCCGCGUCAAGUUCUUCCAAUGGCUUGCCAAUCUAGACAGGUGCUGGACAGCGGACCGUCUGCGCCGCCGCGGCCUUCAGCACCAUCCACGCUGUGUCCUUUGCGACCAAGAGCAUGAAACGAUGCGCCACUUGCUAGUCACCUGCCCCUUCUCGCGGCAGGUGUGGCAUGACACGCUCUCCUGGCUGCGUUUGACAUGCCGGCCGCCAGACCAAGAGGCCUCCCUAAACGACUGGUGGAUGCAAACCAAGCUGGACACGCCUAAAGCUAUGCGCAAGGGCCUCGCCACGGCAACCCUCCUCACAGCAUGGAUGCUUUGGAAGCACCGCAACUCAUGUGUGUUCGACGGCGAACGGCCCUCCACUCCGUGCUUUCGGCAAAGAUCAGAGAGGAAGCCUCCCUCUGGAUUCAGGCUGGAGCUACCGGCCUUGGGACGAUUGUGCCGCCUACCUGGGAUGUGCACUAGUCUUGUGCAGGCCUUUCUUUCCUUUUCCUUUUCUUUUCUUUCUUUUGAGCCCCUGUAGCCUCCUUCUCGUAGGCAUGUACUGUACAUAUUCUCUCCCUUAUCAAUGAAAUGAAACGCAAGCCUUUGCGUUUUCCCGAAAAAAAAAGUGUCCUUCCAAUUGUGAUACUCUUUGGACCUUAAUGAAUUCAUAUUUCAUAAAAAUAAUGCACAUGCAGGAAUAACUAGAAAAUUAUUUUUUUGGUUGUGAAUUUGCAUCAAUGUGAAUAUUGCAAGAACCAUGUUUGCCAAACAGAAGUGAACAACUAUUAACGAUAUGGCAGUCGUGCAUUUUCAGUGGCAGGAUGAUGAAUGGAUGCCCAACCAGUUUUUUUUUUCCUUCUAAAAUCAUCUGCAGUUUUGGAUAUGAAUCCCAUCUUACAAGGGUAUAUUCUC